UCAAUGCUGCAUAGACGCUGUUUGGUUGCUAGUUUCACGCUUUUUUUACUGUCCUACGAGUGAAAUACGAAAGAUUAAAUGCAACCCCCAUUUUUGUAGUCAGACUUUGAGGGGGACACGCAGUGCACCAUGUCAGCCAACGGCCAGGAUUAUGACUUUGAUGAAUAUGACAAACCUGGUGCUGAGCGGUCACGCAGGAGGAGAGGUGAAGAUGAUGAUCUAGAGAGUGAUUUGGAAGAGGAUUUGUUGGAGGAGAAUCCCUCAGAAGUGUCUGAUGAAGAGCUGAAUGACGACCUUCUACAAAGUGAUGAUGAAGAUGUGAACAUGAGUGGUCAGGAUAUGAGCCUCAAUGCCACAUACAACUUAGGCACAUCCUAUGACCAGCAGGACAACUCGCAGGAAGCAGACUACACAGAUGACGUUGUGAACCUGGGUGCAGAGGGCUGUGAAGGAGGGGAUGUACAGGAGGAGGGGUACCAGCAAGAAGAGGAGUACACAGAGGAAUACAGCCAGGACGACAACACAGAGAUGCCUGAAGACCAGAUGGAUUACACUGUUGAGCUAGCUGACGGUGAAGAUGGCUACCAGGAUGAAGUGUUAGACAUCCAAAUCAAUGAGCCCUUAGAUGGUGAAUUUCAAGAUGAUGAAUAUCAAACCUCCUAUGAUGAGCCUCUGGAUGAACAUGGAGUCCAACAGGAGGAGGCCCCCGAGGAGGAGGAAGAGGUGGGGGAAGAACAGCAGCAGGAAGAAGAGGAGGAAGACACUGCAGAGGACUCUCAGGUCUUUGACACAGAGGAGGUUGAAAAUGAAGCUGUGCCUGAAGAAGAAACCAAGGAAGAAUCAGAUGAGGAGGAUGAGGAAGAUGAAGAGUCUGGUCGCAUACGGUUCAAGUCUGAGAGAAAAGAUGGCGCUGUUGUGCGUUUGGCUGAUGCAGGCAGUAAAAGGAGGAACAUCCCUGAAACAUUAGAACUGUCAGAGAAGGCCAAGCAGGAUCUGAGGGAAUUUGAGGAGCAAGAACGGCAGAAAAGACAGAACCGUUACGGAGGCCGAGGGAGAGGAGGAGGAGGAGGCUGUGGGCGAGGAAGCCGAGGAAGAGGAGGUUUCCCAGGCUUUGGAAUGGGAGAUUUUAGAGGAGGACACAGAGGAAGAAUGAAUGACCAGAGGCUCCCCUUGAUGGGAAACAUGGGCAUGCAGCAGCCACCCUCCAGAAUGCCUCCUCCUCAUCAGCCUCAUCAGCAGCAACUGCAGUCCCAGCAGCACCACCCUUCGCGUCCAAGAGGACCUCCUCCCUUCCAAGAGCAUGGGCGCCCACUGGCCCAGCAGCCCCUUCAGCCCCUCAUCCCCCCACACAUGGCUCACCGCUCUCCGCCGUUGCGGCCCCAGAUGGAGCCGCCACCACGAAUGAUGAGCUCCCCACCACCCCACUUCCCCCAGCAUCACCAGCAGCAACCUCCACAGCCCAAAAACAUCCACAUAAACCCCCAUUUCAGAGGGCCCACGUCAUCUUCUGUGCAAGUGCCCUUGAUGCCUCCUGCUCAGAGCCAGCCCAGACCUGCUGUGGGUCCUCAGAGGUUCCCUGGACCGGGAGACUUCCAGCAGCACAUGCCUGGUAAUUUUGGUCAGCCCCAGCGGCCUCCUCAUCACAUGGAGCCCUUUAGGAACCAGCCACCUCAAGGCCCCCAGGAUAGGGAGCCCCUCUUUAUGACAGAGCGCACAGAGUCAACAAGGUUUCCAGGGCAGCACAUGUUUGAUCACCAGGGCCCCAGCCCUCUGAUGAACAGCAGCAACAACCUCCACCAGCAGCAGCAGCUGCCCGGACAGGGCCACAUGGGCUUCGGCCCACCAGGACCAGCCUUCAACCAGCCGGGUCAGGGCCCGCUAGGACUGUUUCCGAGAGAACCCCCAAGACCCAACCUCCCUCCCCACCAAGGUCACCAAGGAAUGGUCGGCUUGAAUCAACAAAGUGGCCCCCCUAACCAGCCCAGACCUUUCAUGGGCCCUCGUCAGCCGUUUGGCCAGCAGGGGAACCUUUUUCCCCCUCCACAAGUUCAGUUUGGGAUGCAGGUACGACUAAGAGGCUUAAUGCAUGGUCCUCCUGUCUCCCAGCUUCCACAUCACGACCCUAUGUCAUCCCAUCAGCCCAUGCACCACCAGCAACAACAUCAUAGGCAGGAGUUACCCCAUCACCAGCAGCAACAGCUAAAUCUCAGUGAGCCUCGCCCCAUGAUGCACCAUGGCCAGAAUCUCUUCCAUCAACAGCAGGCGCACGGUAGCCCCAGGCAGAUGACUCCCCGCCCUCAGAACCCCCAGCAGCGCAACAUGUCCAACAGGCAGAGGAUGAACACACCUGUUUCCAAGCAAAUACAGCAGCGCAACAGCAACCUACGGGAGCUCCCUGUAGCACCUGGCAACACAAACAUGAACAGUGCCCGCCCCACCGCCUCCCCCGCUGCCAACGUCAGGCCUGUUGCCAAGGCAACACAGGGGGUGCGUCCUGGGCAGAACAUUCAGCCGGUGCCUGACGGUGGCAGAGGAAGAGGCCUAUUUGCUGCCAAGACUGAAUCGCAGCCUGGGGGAGCAGGCAGGACAGUGGUUCGCAAGGAAAUCCCAAGCACACCGUCCAGCACAGCACAGGACCCUGAUGAGGAUGAGGAGACACGGCAGUAUCGUCUGAAGAUUGAGGAGCAGAAGCGUCUGAGAGAGGAGAUCCUGAAGAGGAAGGAAAUGCGACGGCAGAUGCAAGCCGGCGUCAGAAAGAAGGAGCUGCUGGAAAGGCUUAAUUCCCAGACAAACACUCCAAGCCAAGGGCCCGCUCCUACACUGAUUCAACCUGCACAGCAAAAUCAGCAAACACACCCUGUACAAAAACAACCACCACCGCAGCAGCAGCAGCAGCAGCAGCAGCAGCAGCAGCAGCAGCAGCAUCCAGAACAAAAACAGCAGCCACAGUUACAAAAACAGCAGCAACAGUUACAGCCACAACAGCAGAGACAGUUUCCUCAGAGAACACAACAACCAUUAAAUCAGUCAUUUAAGAAUCCUAAUCAAGGCACCCCCAUCCCUCCUAAUGGCGCCACUCAAACCCUUACACCACGUCCCAAUGUGAAGACACGCCUGCAGAUGGUAAAAGGUAACCCCCCACAGCAACAGACCCCUGGGCCUAUUCCAGACCAGCAAUGGAAACAGCCCCAACAAAGUCCACAGCAGCUGCAACAACAACAACAGCAGCAGCAGAAACAACAACAACAACAACAACAACAACAACAAGAACAACAGCAGCAACAGCAACAAAGAAACAGUGCAAUGCAGAACGUAAACAGACCUGGCACUCAAAACAACAUACCUGUAACUCCCUCAUUGGGCCCGGCUCAGGCUCAGACUCAGGCUCAGGCUCAGGCUCAAGGACCUAAACCUGGGGCUAAAAGAACUGUGAUGCAGCGAGCCAAGAAUUCUGGUGUCGAAGGUCAGCAGGUGCCGCAAAAAGUCAGAGUCGUCAAACUUUCAGGAGCGAGUGGAAAGGGGCCUGAGGCCACUGGCAGCCCUAUGCAGCAACAAGGCACCUGGCCGGCACCCGCACUCAACCAGGGCGUCCAGAGGAAGGUUACCAUGACAGGACAGCAGCAACAGGGACCAAGCGGAACACCGCAGGCUUGCCGAGGGGGCAUGGGCAACCCACAGCAAAACAGGGUUGUCGUGUCAGGCCGGGGCCGAGGUAGAGGGGGUGGUCAGAUGGGUCGAGGUCGUCCGAUGUCCACCAGACAAAGCCAAAGAGGUGCAGAGAGCGAACGCUGUACCGUGUCCAUAGAGGGCCUCUCCUCAUCCACAACUGACGUUCAGCUGAAGAAUCUUCUCAGAUCCAUUGGCCCCAUUGAGAUGUUCAAAAUGAUGCCACAGCAGAGGAAAGCAGUUGCCACAUUUUCCAGUCCCCAGCACGCAGCAAGUUUUCAAAUGAGCUUCCAUAGGCACAUGAUUGAUUUGUCCCACAUUGAUGUGUCGCUGAUUGAUGGAUGAGGAGCACAAUAGAGCCAGGGAGUCCCGUUACAAGACGUCACUUUCUCCUGACAUGGGAGCUUCUCAUGCACAGCUCCAUCUUGGCAUAGGAAUAUUUCUUCAGCCUUUUGAGGUCACUCACAGUCAACGUCUGCACAGAAGCAUCGUUCGUCAUUCAUCUCCUCUCAGCUUUGAACAGUGAUCACAAAGACAUAAGCUGCGAGCACGCCUGUGUUUGACUUUGUCUACCAAUUGGCCAUUGUUGUAAAUUGGCACUGGAGAGACACUGGACAGUUAAUCCUACUUCGAUGUAGUUUGUGAUGAAUGUUUUUGUGCAUCUUACACGGACCCUAAGUAGAACAUAUCAUGAGAUAAUGGUUGCUCCCCUCCUCAGUGAGAUUCAUAUUAACAAAUGCAAAUGACACUUGAACGUUGUAAUUCUAAUGUGACCACUUCAUAGUGUUAUUUUUUUUCUUUAUUAUUAUUUGCGGCUCGGUGUUUGGUUUACACGCAGGGAAUGGUUGUGGCUGAUUGUAGCCAGCCUAUUCAUGUGGGCUCUACCCUAGCAGUGUUUGUCCCCCUCUGUAGAUGGCAGUAUUUCAUUACUAUUGGUGCUUCAUUUUUUUUCAACCCAAACCUGCUUUUAGGUAGAGUGAUGAAUCCCCAAGCAAAGCAGUUUUUGGGUAAAUGGCACUACCUAGUGGAGGACUAGCAUACAGGCACAGAGGUGGCCUGGGUGGACGAUUUAAUAGAGUAGACAUAGCAGUGACUAAAACCAAGUUAACACAGGAUUUAACAGGAUUUAACAUGAAUAUGUGUUUUCCAAAUUCCCUUUAGUUUCGGGAAUUGUGACUGUGUUGUGUAGAUUUUGUGGUGCUUUAAGUUUCAGUGCUGCUUCUCAGACAUUGUUCAGCUCAAAUCGCUCAUUAAAGUUAGUUCAUUUGGUCAUUUGGCAGUGCUCCUUGUUCUAAAUGUUAGAACGUCUUUUAACUGUUUAAUUUUAACACCUGGAAUGCAUUUAGGAAAAAUACUUCAUGCCUUUUGGAUGUAUAUUUUAGUUGUAUGUCUGAUUAUGGAGUUAGAUUUAGCUUUCUAAUCUGUCCUAAGUGUGCCUUGAAGGAGUGUGUUUUUAGGUUUUUUGAGAUUUUUUAUGCGUACAACUUAAAAGUAUAUUGUUGGGAAUUUAAUAUUUGUAUUAUUUUGUAGCUCUGAGGGAAUUACUUACAAUUACAAUUCGUUUCAGGAUAUACACAUCUAUGUAAAUUAUUUGAGCUAGGAUAUAUGUUUGGCUUUCUCCUUUCAGAAAUAACUGAUCUGAAUCUGUGUGACUAUCACUUGAUAAUUUGAUGCCUUAUCAAUGAGCUGUAUAAUGUACCUGGAAUAGCACUUUGAGCAAAAGGCCUUCACACUGAGCUAGUAAUGUGGAUAUUUGGCAGAAGAGCAGAAACAAACAAAUUACCUUAAAUGUUGAGUUCCCCUUAUUAUGAUAUAGAUGUUCUCUGUAACUUCUGGGCUCUAAAUCAUAAUGAUAUCUUACUCUUACAAAGGGUCAAAUUUCUUCACACGUGUGAGAAAUUCACUUGUACAAUCACUAAUGCAACAUAUUUUUCUGAGCAUGUGCCCUUGUUUGGGAAGUGCUACCACAUCACUGAAACCUUUUAAUUCUCUUAAUACUUAACUUCCGUGUCAUCAUUUAACUAAAUAUAGCAAGUUAGUCUCACUUACUUUUUCAGUUAUUCCAUGAUUUUUUUUCUACAUACAACAUUUUUGUCUGUUCCGUGUUUAGGAUUUGUCAAACAGAAAGUUCUUCUAAAUAUUCAAACAUUGUUUUGCGUACUUUAUUGAUAGGGAUGUGAUGCGAGGAAGGUGAGGGGGCAACCAUUAUCUAUGUAGUGAUCAUGUACAUAAGUAGAUCAGAACUUUGACUCAAUAUUUAUCCUGUUAACAUUUUUUGAGUUAUUCUUUACUCAUGUUGUAUCAAGUUAAACAGUUUUAUAUGUAAAGAUAUGCUGAUGUGUCCAGGCAUAAAUCAUUUUACAAUUGUUUUUGUUUUGAAUUUAGAGCCAACAUGAAAAAAUGACUGGACCACGUUUCUGUUUAUAAGACAUUUGACAAAAAGUUUAAGGGAAAACAAGAAAAUAAAACAUGGCCAAUAUACCGUGAACAUGCAGGUAUGUAAAGCCGGUUCAACUUUA